UAAACUUUCAAUUAAUUAAGAAUAAAUUUUGGACCGCUUACGCCACGAACUUCCUAUAAAAACUCGGAGGAGUUCCAUCACAAUCACUUCGGCAUCCACCUUCAAACAUACAACAUCCCCAAGAUCCUCUUGUAACCCACAAUAAUGGCAAGAUUCUACGUCAUUUUCGCUUGUUUAAUCGCAAUCAAUUUUGCUGAAACAAGGCAAGCAGCUGUUAGUGACAGUCAAUCGGCCGCUGGAGAACAUUUCUCGUCUAUUUCUAUUUCUGACGGUGGAUACGGAGGAGGAUAUGGGGGAAAAGACACUUACAGCGCUGGAAGUGGAUUAAAAACAAUCGCUCAAGGAUCAGCCGAUCAAGCCAACAACGCCGUAGCUAACCAACAUGCAGCUGCAAGAAACGCCGCUUUUGCUGCAAAGAGUACUUUAGCCCAAGCAGCCGCCGGAGCUGCAGCAACAGCUCAAGCUGCCCUCAUCGGAAAACACAUUUUAGUUCAACAUCUCGAACAAAACGUCGCCGAAGCUCACCAACAACUCGAAGCUGAACUUCGUCAAUUGGAGCAAGCCCAAAGAUCCGCUGAAGCUUCUCAAGCUGCUGCCGAUCAAGCUCAAAAUGGUGGAAACGCUAUUAGUGCUGCUUUGAAUGCCGCCCAAGGAACUUUAGCCCAUGCCCAACAAGCUGCCGAUGCCGCUCACGCCGAAUUGGGGUCUCAAGAAGCUAUGGUAGGACACGCCCAACAAAGGUACAACUCUCUCAGCCAACAACUCCAAUCUGCUCAAGCUGAUUUACACGUAACUCAAUCUGCUGCCCAACAAGCCGAAGCUGCUGCACAAAUUGCUCAAUCCAACGCCGCCCAAGCAGCGGAAAAAGCUCAAUCUGCUGGAUUACAAGACCAUGGAAGCUUUGAAGGUUAUCAUCAUUAAUAUGAAUUGUUGUUAUAGAGUUUUUUAAAUUAUCAAAGAUUUAAAUAAAAAAAUAUUUAUCAAAA